GAAAGGUGUUGUUGGAGUUAAAUAGCCCUACAUUAGAAUUGUGGGGUUAGAGCAGUCUCGAGAUGACAACACAAAUGGCCCCUCACAUUUCACACUUGAUGAGGAAAUGGAAUUCAAAGAAUUUGCGCAGAGGCCGGAUGCAUAUGCCAAGAUUUGUUCAAUGAUUGGCCCUUCAAUUUAUGGUCAUGGUGAUGUCAAGAAAGCUAUUGCGUGCCUCUUGUUUGGGGGAUCAAAGAAGAGGCUACCAGAUGGUGUCCGUUUGAGAGGGGACAUUCAUGCCUUGCUUUUGGGUGAUCCAUCCACAGCAAAAUCCCAGUUUCUGAAGUUUGUAGAGAAGACUGCACCAAUUGCAGUCUAUACCUUUGGAAAAGGUUCAUCUGCAGCCGGUCUUACAGCAUCUGUAACCCGGGAUAGUAACUCGCGUGAGUUUUAUUUGGAAGGAGGGGCCAUGGUGCUGGCUGAUGGUGGAGUAGUUUGUAUUGAUGAAUUUGACAAAAUGAGGCCUGAAGACAGCAUCUGGGACAAACAAGUAUGUUUUGGAACCAGAGUUUUUGUUGUUAUCUAG